AUGGAAAUGGAAAAAAGAAGGUAUAUGAAAAGUUUUCUUGAACGUAUAACUGUCAAGAAACAAGAUGAAAUUUUAAGUUUCAUUAAAGACAAUGAAAAAAACAUUCGUAAUUGUUACGCAGAGACAUCUAAGCUUGGGAGUCUUGAAUACAUAAUGAUGAUUCUAUAUGAUGCUAUCUUCAUUAUAGAAAUCUUCUUAAGGAAUAUAAGUGAUGAAGGUACAAGUGAUUCAUUUCUAUCUAUAGCAACACUAAGAUAUAAUCUAGGCUCAGACUUGGAAUUACUUGAGAAUCAACUUCCAUACUUUGUCCUUGAGGGAAUAUUUAAGUUAGCUUUUGUUGGCUCUUGCGCAUGCAUACCUAACUUCAUGGACCUUUCUCUUCGUUUCUUCAAUUCUGCAAGUUUGGCAUUGACUACUCCUCAAUUUCCAAUUAAACAUUUCACGGAUUGGAAAAGAAAUACUCUAUUGAAAAAUUACCCAAUAUCCGGUCAAGCCAACGGAUAUAUUAAAGAUUUACCAUGUGCAACAAAACUGCAUGAGUCGGGAGUGAAGUUUAAGAAAAUUGUAGGAGAACACAAGUUAAUAAGAUUUGAAAAGCAAUUACAUGAGUUGCAACUACCAUGUUUCAAAGUAGUCGAUGGGACUGAAUGUGUACUUAGAAACGUUAUAGCUUUGGAGCAAUGUCAUUACCCACGGGAUACUCAUUUUUGCAAUUAUAUAAAGCUAAUGGAUUUCCUAAUCAAUACUGAGAAAGAUGUGGAUUUGCUUGCUGAAUGUGGAAUUAUUUACUGUUAUGCUAGGGACAAUGCUUCAACAGCUGAUAUGUUUAACAAACUUUGCCGAUGUACUGGUUUAAGCCCAACCUCUUACUAUGUAAUGUCCGAGGAACUCAAAGAACACUGUAACAGUGGUUGGAACAAAACGAUGGCAACUUUAAGAAGAGUUUAUUUCAGCAAUCUGUGGAGAGGCACAGGAACGGUUGCAGCAGUUAUACUUCUAGUGCUCACUGUCAUUCAGACCAUAUGUUCUAUCUAUCAAUUUGUGUGA